CGUGGUCGAUAUCCGGCAAGGAAUCAACGCGUUCAACCAUUGAACUGGAAUCGUUCAGAUUCGUCGUUGGAAAGUCGCACCAUUCCCGCCAUUACGUGCUUUUUCUACCGUGUAGCAAUUUGAUUACCGGAGGAAGGCACGAUGACGGACAGCCAGUAUUCAAAUUACCAACAGCAUGGGUACAAUCAGUACAGCCAACCACCACCUUCUGGUGGUCAGGAUACUUCGUAUCCACCGCCUUCUACUGGUGGUGGUGGCAGUUACAAUCAAUAUAGUCAACCACCACCAAACAGUGGAAGCAAUUAUGGAAGUUACAACAGUUACAAUUCCAGCAGUGGCCCAGACUACAAUCAAUCACAAAAUCAAAACAAUUACAACCCAAACAGUUAUGGUGGUGGAGGCAGUUCGGGAAGUAAUAGCGGAGGUGGCGGUUAUAGUGGAACCUAUGGGCACGGAGGUGGAAGCAGUGGAAGCUAUCGUAAUAGCUCCAGUGGAGGCUAUGGUGGAGGCCAAGGAGGUGGUGGUAGAUACGGAGAUCGUGGGGGAUACAGUGACCGCUCUGGUGGUGGAUAUAACAGUGGCGGUGGCCGUGGUGGUUAUAACAAAGGGGGCUACGGUGACCGUGGCGGUGGCAACGAUGGAAUGGUUACACAAGAGGAUACUAUUUUUGUAUCUGGUAUGGAUCCUUCAAUUUCGGAAGAAGAAAUUUGUCAACACUUUGGAGCUAUUGGUAUAAUCAAACAUGACAAACGAACCGGAAAACCUAAAGUGUGGAUGUACAAAGACAAGAACACCGGUAAAUCAAAGGGUGAAGCCACCGUGACUUACGACGAUCAGAACGCUGCACGUUCUGCGAUCGACUGGUUCGACGGCAAAGAAUUUAAAGGACGUACUAUAAAAGUACAAAUUGCUCAACACAAGAGUAACUGGCAAGGUAGCCGUAGCGGUGGAAGUCGUGGAGGCGGUGGAGGAGGAGGAGGUCGAGGUCGAGGUGGUUUUGGAAGUCGUGGAGGUGGUGGUGACAGAGACGAUCAUCAUCGUGGUAGUGGUGAUGACCGACGCGAUGGAGGAGGUCGUGGAGGAGACUGGAGGUGUCCCAAUCCAGAAUGCGGUAACACGAACUUUGCCUGGAGAGAUCAGUGUAAUCUCUGCAAAAGUCUAAAACCGGAAGGUGCUGGUGGUGGCGGCGGUGGAGGUGGUGGUGGACGAGGAAAUCGCGGUGGUGAUCGAGGUGGCCGUGGUGGUUUCAGAAGCGACAGAGGCGGUCGUGGCGGUGACAGGGGCGGCCGAGGAAGUUUUCGUGGCGGUGAUAGGGGAGGAAGAGGAGGUCGGGGUGGUCCAAUGAGAGGCGGCGGCGGCCGUGGAGAUAGAGACAGGGAUCGUCAGCGUCCGUAUUAAAUGUAUUCAAAGGUGAUUGAUUAAUCACUUAUUGACGUAUUGUACACAUUUUGUACACAAUCUCAACGUAUGUACAUUUUCGCAACACAUUCGUGUGUUACAUUUCAUUAUCAUCGAUUUGUUUUCUCAUACAUCUUUUAUAUUCACCUAAAUCGAUGCGUGACGUGUAAUUUUUGUGUUUUAUAUACACAUGUAAAUGAUGAUCAUACGUGUAAAGUUACAUUUUAAUAAAUAAGAUUUCAGUCCUUUAAUUCCAAA